GUAAAGCUCGAAAACGUCAAAACAGCACGUGUUUGUGUUUACUUCUCAAAAAAUUUAGCGUGGCCGGUUGUCCCACAGACAUUUUUAAACGUUUUAUUUUUAUCGGAAAAGUAAUGAAUUUAGCUUGAAAUUCGGUUGAAAAGUGCUUUAAAAGUUUGACAGCAUUAGUACCUCGCCAUGGACACCGAGGAUCCGAACGUGAUUCCCGGUUUUUCGGUGGAAAACGCCGAUUUGGAUUACGACGAUGAUGAGGUCGGUGGGCGGAAGGCGAAAAAGAAAAAGGGUGGAGGAUUUCAGGCCAUGGGUCUGGGGAUGCCGCUGCUAAAGGGUAUUUUUAAGAUGGGCUAUAAGGUCCCUACGCCGAUUCAGAGGAAGACCAUUCCGUUGAUUUUGGAAGGUCGUGAUGUGGUGGCGAUGGCCAAAACAGGAUCAGGAAAGACGGGGUGCUUCUUGAUUCCUUUAUUUGAGAAGCUGAAGCAACGAGAAGUAAAAAGCGGUGGAGGGGCUCGGGCCCUGAUUUUGACCCCGACUAGGGAGUUGGCCAUUCAGACGUUCAAGUUUAUUAAACAGCUCGGGAAAUUCAUGGAUUUGAAGGCUAUUUUGGUACUGGGCGGAGAUUCGAUGGAUUCGCAGUUUGCGGCUAUCCAUACUUUGCCUGAUAUAAUUGUGGCCACUCCGGGUCGAUUUUUGCAUCUUUGCGUGGAGAUGGAUUUGAAACUUUCGGCAGUUCAGUACUGUGUUUUCGAUGAGGCCGAUCGGCUGUUUGAGAUGGGUUUUGGAGAACAGCUAACCGAAACUUUGCGCAGAUUGCCGGAAUCCAGGCAGAUGGUUCUGUUUAGUGCCACACUACCCAAGCUGAUGGUGGAUUUCGCUAAAGCCGGUCUGCAUGAUCCAACUUUGAUCCGGUUGGAUGUGGAAUCUAAGAUUCCGGAAACGUUGGACUUGAAGUUCAUCUACUGUAGACCGGAUGAACGAUAUGCCACACUUUUGGUUCUGCUGAGAAAUGUUAUCCCGAGAAGCGCUCAAACGGUUAUCUUUGCUGGAACUCAACAUCACGUUGAGUUGAUUUCAUUGAUUCUUACAAGAGCUGGAUUCCCUUGCACCCACGUUUACUCAGCUCUGGACGCUUCGGCCCGUAAAAUCAACACCGCCAAAUUUACCUUAAAGAAGGUAAACAUUCUGGUCGUCACGGACAUCGCUGCCCGAGGUUUGGACAUUCCCAGCCUAGAUUACGUGGUCAAUCUGCAUUUCCCCGGCAAGCCGAAGCUUUUCAUCCAUCGAGUGGGUCGAUGUGCUCGUGCCGGUAGAUCUGGAACAGCUUUCAACAUCUUCUCCACCGAUGAUAUCGCUCAUAUGAUCGAUCUGCACACCUUCCUAGCCCGACCGCUAGAGCUUAGCAACAUUGCUUCCAUCGGGAUUGGACCUCCGGAUGAGGUGGAAGAAGAACAUCAACAGGUGCAGGCCUAUGUGAAGCAUAUAGAUUUGGCUACCGCCUUUCGGAUAAGUAACAAUGCUUACAAACAGUACAUUGUUACAAGACCGGCGGCAUCGGCUGCAGCCAAUAAAAAGGCGAAGCAGUUCAAGAUUGGGGAGCUGAAGGUGCUGGAGGAUUUUGCAAAGGCAGCGGAGAAGGAAAACGAGAAAAAGAAGGUGGACAAAGCCAAGAAGAAGGCCAAGAAAGCGAAAAUUGAGGAACAGAAAAAGCCCUCGGUCGACCCGGACGAGUUCCGAAGCAGUUUCCUGGCUCAGAUGAAAAAUUUCCGGCCCAAGUCGACCAUCUUCGAGCUGAAUCCGAAAAGCAACUCCAAAGAGUUGCUCAUUAUGAGCGCUAAGCGUGAGAAGGACACCAUCAAAAUCGAAAAACACAAACGAAAGCUGGCCGAACAGGAAGCGGAAGAGCUAACCAAAACGACGGAACUGACGACGGAAGAGGAAGUUCCGGCUAAGAAGAAAAACAAGCCCUCGAAAGACGAUGAUCACUACAUUUCGUACCAAUCGAAGGAUCACGUCGAGGAGGAUGGUUAUGCGAUCAACAGCUUUGCCAAGGAAGCUGGAUCGGCCGAGUUUUCCGUGAUCGGCGAUACGGCAGCCGAUCAGCAGUUCCACAAGAAGCUGCAGAAGUGGGACCGAAAGAAGAAGAAGAUGGUUAACGUGGAAAAUCCCAAAGCCGGGAAGAUUCGUACCGAGCACGGAGUUUGGAUUGCCGCUUCCUAUAAAACAGGACGCUACGACAAGUGGAAGGAGCGUUCGAAGGUGGACGAGCAGAUGGCAGCCCGGCAAAACGAUGACGACAGCGAUGACAAUGAUGGAGGUGAGAGUGCGGCAAUUCCGCUUCCGAAACGAGACUAUCCACACACCCACUGGGGUCGGCAUAAUGCUAAGAUGGAUUUGAAACGGUCUCGCGAUACCGAUCUGAAAACGGCCGAUCAGAUUGUGAAGCGACGAAUGCAAAAGGAGACCAAGCUGGCCCGGGAGAAGGCUGCCCAAUUAAGGAAUGUUGCCCGGAAAAAGAAGGCGCUGGGCAAGAAGAUGGGCAAGGGCAAAGGCAAGUAGAACGUGAUGUCGUCCUCGUGUGGGUGAGUUGUUUUUUAAGAUACCUUUUUUGAAAUAUAGUAGACUAUAUUAUAAA